UGUUAUGCAUCUCCAGUGGAAGCCCAGCGCUCCACUGCAAACCCCGCGCGUCGCGGAAGAGAUUAAAGUGCAUUCUCGUCGGCUGUCCGAAUCGAAACCCCUAAAACACUGUCGUUUUCGUUUCACAGCUGAACUUCUCCACCCUCUCUCUCUCUCUGUCCCUCCUUCCUUGUUUGCAACGACGGCAGAAGCAGGAAUCCAAAGAAAAGCACUUUUCCUUUCUUCUCUCUCUUCCCAUUUCUCUUUCUCUCUCAAGAUUUUUACUUGCUUAUUUUAUAGAGUGUUAGAUCAUCUCAACUGAGCAGGGUUUUCUGAGUUAUUUGAUUCAGCUAAGAGAUGAAGAGGUGACCCGCCCUGCUUUGUAUAACAUUAAGUUGUAGUCUGAACAUGGAUAAAGUGUCUUCUGACUGUCCAUACCCAGGAUGUUUCUUUUGUGUCAUGAAGGAAGGGAACCCAAGUAAGCGAAGAGCCAGCAUCCUGAAGUUCUUUAGAGAGCUUCCUGCACAGGAUGACGAUGGCCAGGUUCUUCCUAUCAGUGGCCUUUGGAACACUGCCAUGGCACAUCCGAAUGACCCUGAAUUCAUCGAGCUUGGCAUCUUUGAGUGUAUGGCUGCAUUGAUAUGGAAGGGUCUAAAGAACCGUCGCUGGCUUUCUCAUGACCAGAAUAUAUACAUUCCUUAUUAUGCUGCUCAUAUUAUUGGAUCAUACACCAUGAACAUGGAAGAAUUUGCUGCAAGUGCUGUUCAUGCUGGGGUAAUCCCUCCCUUAGUUGAACUUUUGAGAGGAAGGUUAACAUGGGUUGAACAGAGAGUAGCAGUUCGAGCUUUAGGGCACUUGGCAACCUAUGCCAGCACUUUUCCUGCCGUAACAAGUCAUGGCGAAAUUCUUGAGCUUUCGAUUCAACUAGCAAUGAGCUCACUGGAAAUAGUCUAUUCUCAUUUUUACCAGUAUGUUGACAGAAGGUUAAGCUAUCACUGCGAUCUGCUCACCCGCGGUAUGGGAGGUGUUGAAAUGGAGUCCAGAAAGGCAGAAGAGUGGGCGAGUCAGUUGCAGUGUUGGUCCCUCCAGCUCAUUAACUGCUUUGCCUUUAAACCAGAGUUUCUUCCUACCAUAUGCAAGCCUGAAUUCUUAACGAAACUACCUGGCAUGUGGGGUGGGCUUGUUAAUGAAAACUCACCAGCUGGUAUCGGUUUAUUAAGGACAAUUUGCCAUCAUAAGCUUGGUAGAGGACCAGUUGCUGGCUGUCCCAGUAUCAUCGAAUCUUUGUGUAAUAUAUCUCGGUCAUCAGAUGAUUGGCAGUAUAUGACCAUUGAUUGCCUUCUGUGGUUGCUUCAAGACCCUAGUACCUGCCAUAAGGUCGUUGAUAAGGCUGUACCUGCACUUGUUGACCUUGCGGAGAUUACAACUCUGGGUGAUCACAAGAAACUAGGAGAUUCAAUUGUUAAUGUUCUUGAGGAAUGUGUCCAGUCCCAAGGGACAGGACGUAAUUCUUUUAGUAACCGAACGAAAGAAUUGAUCGAGGAACUUUUGAAUUCCAGACAGAGAUUGAAAUGGGAAAAGAAUAUGCCUAAAGAGGAUCUCCAUAUUAAACAGGCUGCAGCACUAGUGGUCAAGCUUGAAGGAAAUUCUCUGUUCUCAUCAGGAAAUAUAUCUGGAGCUGCAUCAAAAUACUCAGAAGCUCUGGCAUUGUGUCCGAUGAGAUCCAAAAAGGAGAGAGUUGUUCUGUACAGUAACCGAGCUCAGUGUCAUCUUCUGUUGCAACAGCCCUUGACAGCUAUUAGUGAUGCUACUCGUGCACUUUGUCUUCACAACCCACUGAACCGUCAUGCCAAAAGUCUUUGGAGAAGAGCGCAGGCUUAUGACAUGCUUGGGUUUGCAAAAGAGAGUUUGCUAGAUGCCAUUCUGUUCAUAAACGAGUGCUCUCAGUCAAAUGAUCCUGAUCUCUCAUUGAGGCAAAAUAAAGUUCCAGACUAUGCUGAACGACUGGUUAAAAAGCAGAUGCGUGCAGCGUGGUUAUUUAGAGAAGCAGCUAUCAAACAUGGGGGUGUCCAUUGUGAGGGUGAUGCUGGUGACAUCUUUGGCCGAGAGACUGAUGAUUCUGAAUGGGAGACUGCAAGUGAGAGUGAUAUAGGAAAUGAUGGAAGAGAUGAAAUGGGAAAUGAAGAGGAGGAGGAUGAUGAUGAUGAUGAUGAUGAUAGUGAAUGGAAGAAUAAUGAUGAGAGGAAAGAGAAAUAUGAUAAGUCUUCAAUUAAAGACCUAAAGCAUGGAUACAAUGUGCAGCUUGCGGAAGAUGAGCCAUGAAUUUGGAUGCGGUUACCACUAUUCAGACUAGAGCAUGAUGCAACGACAAGGACACAAUGGAACCUUGGAUGAAUCUUUGAUCCGAGUGAUUGCAUUUUCAGCACCACCUAGCCUUCCAGAAGUUUCAACCGUAAUUUUUCGUGAGGGAUUUGUCUUGUAAGAAUGUUGAAGGAAACAUGUUUUGGCCAAUUUGUGUCAAAUAUUUAAGCUUGUUUGUGUUUAUUUUGUUGUUGCUCUCAAUUUUUUGUGUAAAAGUGUAGAAAAUAUGAUAUUUUUGAGCCUAGAGAGGAGGUGAGAUAAGAAACUGUGGAGGUUUGGGUAAUUUAAGAGGAUUGUGUAUACACAACUUUUGGGGGGGUUUUGCUUUGACUUUUGAGUGGCAAUUGUGAUUUUAUUGUGCUCUCUCCCUAUCUAAUCUCUACUAUUGCACCA